AUGCUGGAGAACGGCUCCUUGAGGAACUGCUGUGACCCGGGCGGGCGCGGCCGCCUCGGUUUGGCGGAGCGGGAGGCGGCGGCGGGGGGAGCCCCRCGGCCCGCUUGGGUUGUGCCGGUGCUGUCCAGCGUGCUGAUCUUCACCACCGUGGUGGACAUCCUGGGCAACCUCUUGGUCAUCCUCUCCGUCUUCAARAACCGCAAGCUUCGGAACUCAGGUAAUGCAUUUGUGGUGAGCCUAGCUUUGGCUGAUCUGGUGGUGGCCUUGUAUCCAUACCCGCUGGUGCUCCUAGCUAUUUUCCACAAUGGAUGGACUCUGGGUGAAACGCACUGCAAAGCAAGUGGCUUCGUGAUGGGACUGAGUGUAAUAGGCUCCAUUUUCAACAUCACUGCAAUUGCAAUUAAUAGAUAUUGCUAUAUAUGUCAUAGUUUUGCCUAUGACAAAGUGUACAGCUGUUGGAACACAAUGCUGUAUGUCUCCUUAGUCUGGAUAUUAACAGUAAUUGCGACUGUGCCAAAUUUUUUUGUUGGCUCUCUGAAGUAUGAUCCACGCAUCUAUUCAUGCACGUUUGUUCAGACUGCAAGCUCCUACUACACRAUAGCUGUUGUGGUCAUUCACUUCAUUGUCCCUAUCACCAUUGUCAGCUUCUGCUACCUUCGCAUUUGGGUUUUAGUGCUGCAAGUCAGAAGACGAGUCAAGUCAGAAACCAAGCCAAGAUUGAAGCCAAGUGACUUCAGAAACUUUCUCACCAUGUUUGUUGUUUUUGUGAUUUUUGCCUUUUGCUGGGCACCUCUAAACUUCAUCGGACUGGCUGUAGCCAUUGAUCCUACAGAAAUGGCACCAAAAGUUCCUGAAUGGCUAUUUAUUAUAAGCUACUUAAUGGCCUAUUUCAAUAGCUGCCUUAAUGCAAUAAUAUAUGGUCUUCUUAACCAGAAUUUUCGGAAUGAAUAUAAACGRAUUUUAAUGUCACUGUGGAUGCCAAGGCUUUUCUUCCAGGACACAUCCAAAGGAGGAACAGAUGGCCAGAAGAGCAAGCCUUCUCCUGCUUUAAACAACAAUAACCAAAUGAAAACUGAGACCUUGUAAAUGUGUAAUAGUCAAUGCAAGAGUUUGUCAUGGAGAAAACCAAGAUCAUAGUUGUAAUGUUCUGGUCAUUUCUGCUUACUUUUGGGGAGUUUCCACUUGGAUCACACUUUAUGACUGGAAUACUGUCUUCAUAGUAAAGCACAUUGCUCUCCAUUGGUGAUUUAGAGAAGACAUAAAUUGAAAAUGUGUUUCAGAAUUAAAGCAACAGGUGGGUGCAAGCUGUUUUAGUUCUGAGAGCUGAAUCCUGCUUCAAGACAUAAGAAUGAGGUWUUUUUUUACUUCAGCAGGAGUUUUGUGUUCUUUAUACAAGAUCAGGAUUCAUUUCGUAGAAGAUGUAGUGAAGGUACUUGUCCAUGUGUACAGCACCUCAUUAAGCCUGUGGAGCAGGAUUUCCCCCCCUUCUGUAUCUGAACAGAGGGUGAGACAGACACUCUAUUUUCCAYACAUAAGCCAAAUGUUGCAUUUCUGUGCAUGUACUGAUGACAGUAACRGUGUCUUUGCAUCAAAUUUGUAAACUGGAGAGAAGAAUAUUUGUGUAAAACCAAAUAUUAACAUUAGAGUCUUUCMUCACAGGUUUUCAUUCUUACAUACRUUGASAAUGGGAAUACACUGCAUCUACUCUGUUCAUCUUUUGUGGUCAAUUUAAUAGUAGAUAAUGUAAUACAGCUGGUUGAUUUCUCACACAUUUACUUUACACAAUAUUGUUUCUUUAGAAAAAAUUUAAUUUUCAUUGAACCUCAUUUAUUUACUCAAAUAUGUGUAUAUAAAAUGUCAUUUGAUGCACUUUAGCACACCUUACACAUUUGCAACAGGCUGGAAAUUAUAGCAUAUGACCURUGAUCAUCUGGAGUGGCAACUGGACACUAAACAGGAUAUCCUACAUCAUCUCAAAAUAUGCUAGACCAGAAGAAGAACCCCUUUUAAUGGUAAUAAUGGUAGCUGAUAUUCUUGACUYACAUGUCUACAUCUAAUCUCGAACAAAACCCACUGCAGGUGUCCUAAGACAACCUUCUAUGCUCCCUUUAGUGGAGAUGUGUUUCCUUCCAUCUGUGAUGAUAAACACACAUCCAAAGAUAGGAUUGAUGGCUUUGUGGAGGUGCUGGUCUCCUUUCACUGACUUUAGAAGCAGCUUUGUUUACUAGUUCAGACAUCUAAUUUUGGAUGGCUAGAGAGGGAUUUCUCUUGCCUAAUUUGGGACAAAUCCACUGUAGAUGUUUGCACACAACCCAUUUUCUAAAUACCCACAAUAGCCCAUAGAGUUCAAGGAAAUUAUUCCUUUUCUCUUGAAAUAGGUAUCUUUAUUGGUCCGGGGAGCUGAUCAACAGAACUCAGUGACUGUACCUUCACUGACUGUAAGAGAGAUCAGGCAGCUCACACACACACAUUUCA